CUUUGCUGUUUUUCCUCCUUCUUUUCCACUCUCCACCAUCCACACCCCAAGUAGUAAACAGUCUAUCGCUGUACAUUUGCCCAAAAUGGCGUCCGAAACUACCAAGCAGGAGAUCGACUACUCCCUCAACAACCCGGAUACCCUCACCAAGUACAAGACCGCUGCUCAGAUCUCUGAGAAGGUCCUUGCUGAGGUCUCCAAGCUCGUUGCUGCCGGCGAGAAGAUUGUCGACAUCUGCGAGAAGGGUGACAAGCUCAUCGAGGAGGAGCUUGCCAAGGUCUAUCGCGGCAAGAAGAUCACCAAGGGCUUCUCCCACCCCACUACCGUCUCUCCCGCCGCUUUCGUCACCCCCUACACUCCCUUGACCUCGGACGAAAAGGAGGCCGCUGUUGAGAUCCAGGCCGGUGAGCCCGUCAAGAUUCAGCUCGGUGCUCAGAUCGAUGGCUUCGGUUCCAUAGUUUGCGACACCGUCGUUGCCCCUGCCAAGGACCAGACCGAUGAUGUUAUCGAGGGCCGCAAUGCUGACCUGAUGCUCGCCAACUACUACGCCAACGAGCUCCUCCUCCGCCUUAUGGUUCCCCCUGGCCUCCUCGCUACCGGUACCGAUGAGGAGAAGGCCAAGGCCGCCUCCCAGAAGCCUCCUUCGCAGGCCAAGAUCACCGAACUUCUCCAGAAGGUUGUCCAGGCUUACGACUGCAACCUUGUUGAGAGCACCACCUCGUGGCUCUUCGACCGCAACGAGAUUGAGGGCAAGAAGAAGAUCGUCAUUGCUCCUGGCGACAACACCAAGGGCGAGGGUGUCCCCGAGGUUGGCGAGGUCUGGGGUGUCGAGAUGGGCGUCAGCUUGGGAUCCGGCAAGGUCAAGCAGUUCGAGAACCGCACCACCCUUCACCGCCGCACCACCACCACCUAUGCCCUCAAGCGUCCCAGCUCGCGCAAGCUUCUUUCUGAGGUCCAGAAGAAGUUCGGUACCUUCCCUUUCAGCUUGAGGCAGCUUGAGGACGAGCGUGAUGCCAAGUCUGGUGUCAUUGAGUGCGUCCGUGGAAACGUGUUCCGCGCUUACGAGGUUGUUGGUGACAAGGACAACUCCCCUGUUGCCAGACUCCUUACCACUGUUGCCAUCACCAAGAACGGCCUCACCAAGCUUGGCGCCGCCCCUGCGCUCGAUCUCUCCAAGUUCAAGACCGACAAGAAGAUUGAGGAUGAGGAAAUUCUUGCCAUCCUUGCCCAGCCCCUCUCCAGGAACACUGGCAGCAAGAACAAGAACAAGAAGAAGAAGGCCGCUAAGAAGGAGGGGGAGAAGGCCGAUGAGGAGUAAAUGGGCAGUUUGGACAUGAUUGGCUGUAGUAGUCUGAUGUAUGGAUUAAUGUGGAAAGUUGGGCUACCUUAGCUCGAAAGUUGCCUCUUCCCUGGC